AUGACAAUACUCAGAGCUGAGAGAAUUGGCUGUGGUGUAUCAGUUGCAUCGGAGUUAUCAAUUGUUCGGCUGCUUCACAGGGUAAACCUCAGCCAUGUGGAACAGGAAGGUUUCCCACGCUUGUUUUAAGUUGGCGGUGUUUAGUGCAAACUAUUAAACGAUAUUGUAUCUCGUUAAUGUGGGUCCAGACAGCUCGGCCUGACUCAGGGCCUCCUCGUUCAUGUAAUCUUCUUUGUCUUGGCAACAUUGCACCACCUUAUCGCAAUUCAGUAUUUCCAUUAUCUCCCCAACUUGCAUUUCUGUGUCCCUCCGAGGUCUUCUGCGACUUGCAGUUUGUUUGAGCGGCGCUCCGUGUUUGAAAAAAAGAAUUAGUUUACUGUUCAUCGCUUUUUCUACUAUAGCAACUACCUCCUGCUUGCAGAUACUGACGCUUAUGCCUAUACUGGCCGUCUUUGUGCAUUUCAAUAUUCAAGUUGUGAAUUUAUUUUUCGUGCUGAAAUCUCCGUUAUAUGCUAUAAUUUAUUUCCAUUGCAUACACCUGGGUAAGUCAUCCCUACUUAUAUUACCAGACUUGUCUUCCUUUUUAUUCUUUCUUACUGCCAUUUAGCUUAACUUGUCAUACCUCCUUCUUGUCCUUCGUUUCACAUUUUUUGUAAAUUCCAGACGGUUAUUGCAUCUCCUUGCACAGCUCUCAAUCUGAGUUAUUUGCACUUUCGACUAACGCCCACGGCCAAUUCCCAUUGGUUGCUAAUUCCCUUGGAAGCUGAGCUUUGGUUAUGCACUUGCCUGAAUUUCACCGACGACCGUUUUGGUUAGCUUUUCGAAUUUGUGCGCUUUCUUACCGUUUACCUUCUAAGCACAGUAAAAGGCUUCCGAGGUUAUUUUACUUAUUUUUAUUUUCUCAAGGGUGUUUUAAUUAUUUUUGCGUGCGUCCGAAAGCCUCAACCGUAUAACUCAUUUUACCACCAUUCCCGUUAGACAGAGUCCUCAGGUUAUCUGUCGCUGACCCCGGCUACAAACCAUACCCUUGCCUCGAAACAUCCACGCAACAUCGACAGGGCAGAGUUCAACAAUCUGUUCGGUAGGUGGGAUAAGUACACACAAAAUUUGUUGGGCAUUGAAGAUCUAUCCCGCAUUUUUCAGCUCUUCAACCAGAAAAGCGACACGCUCCCGCGCAAUCUUUCUUAGCGUAAAGCCAAAUGCUGAGCUGAUGAAUCGAACAACUGAGAUAUUACUCACGUAGCGACAGGGAACGGGAUCAAAGAAUAGUGGAAAGCAAAACCGUCUCUGGGGUCAUGUGGUCCGGCAGGCAUCUGCGGCACAGGAAGCGUCGCCAAUCUUUUUCUCUCUGAGGAGAGCCAAAGGGUUAGAUUUUCGGCAGUGUACCGCUCAGUUGUCCGCUUUCUGCGGCAUCCGGCAAUCAAUUGAACGGAAUUUUCAACUGACACUUGUACUUUGCCCAAAGCGUACGACUUUUCUCCCCUACAGUAUAAACAUACGGCCACGCAUACGCAUCUUUCAGGUACCAGAAACCAGCCAACGACCCCAGCUAGCUUAUAACUGUCACAUCACGAUAAUUCAUCACCCUCUAACUAUGCGGAUGCCUAUAAACGCCCUAGCCUUAUAAACGGAGCAAAAAGAACGAGAAUAAGAGGUAAUACAUUUCCAGAAUUUCGGAAGGAGUGUGCGGUUAAUCGCCUCACGAGAUCGUGAGAGCGGACCACCCCCCGCUAGCGGGGAGGUGCGGAGCAGAUCAAAAACGAAAGCUGUACACGGAACGGGAGACGGCAGGGAGUGACUGCCACCAAUGUACACCACAGGACUCGCAGGAUCAACUUCAGUCAGAUAGGCAGCCACCGCGACUACGCGGCGUCCUAAUUCAAUAUGCAAAUCAGUGGCCGACCGUUAGCGAUGGAAAAUCAGAAGUGAUUGAUGAUGAUGAUGAUGAUGAUGGUGGUGGUGAUGAUGGUGAUGAUGGUGAUGAUGAUGAUGAUGAUGAUGAUGAUGAUGAUGAUGAUGAUGAUGAUGAUGAUGAUGAUGAUGAUGAUGAUGAUGAUGAUGAUGAUGAUGAUGAUGAUGAUGAUGAUGAUGAUGAUGAUGAUGAUGAUGAUGCGGAAACCUCGGCACUGUGCAUCGAAAGAGGGUGA